AUGGAUGACCUUGCUAGGAUGCUAGUCCGCGGUUUGGAUUUCUUUAUGAUGGGCGGAAACAUGCUCAGUUUGACGAAGACCGCCUUCACCAACCUGCCCCACCCGCCUGCCGCCACCACCGCCCCCCUCUCCGGUGCCGUCCGCGCCCUCGACAGGGUCGACCUCAUCAGCUUCCUCCCCGGCGGGAUCCUCCGUGACAUCGUCUCCCGCCUCCCCGUCAAGGACGCCACGCGCACUACCGUCCUCUCCACGCGAUGGCGCCGCGUCUGGCACACCACGCCGCUCAUCCUCGUCCACGCCCACCUCCUCCCCAAUGCCUCCAUCGGGACCGGCCGUAACCGCCUCGGCGCCGAUCCGCGCAACAUCGCCGACGCGGUGUCCACCGUCCUCGCCAGCACCUGA